CAAUUCUGUAUUCAGGAUGUAUGACUGUGAUAUGUAUAAUACGUAAUAACCGAUACGCCGGCCUAUUGGAACAGAACAGGACCGGUCAUUUGGUAGCACUGAGUAAUUAAACAUGAUAUAACGGCAGCGCGCGGGAACAACGGGCUGGCGCGUGAUACAACGACAGCGAUGACAACCUCUCACAAUCGUUUAACGAUCGUAUUGCUUAGUAGUGUUUUACCGAGCUCAAAUUAAUUGGCUUGAAGAUCGAUGCCUGAUUGACAAGCUGCUGUGGCUUAGCUCGGGUAUACAGCGACGGCGGAUUGGCGGGAGUGUACUGUACGGGUAUUUAAGAAUGCAACUCACUUGCUUCGCUUUCAUUAAAAUCUGCGCUGUUGUUUGACAAUGCUUGAGAGAAUAGGUGUCUCUGUACAGCUGGAGGACGUUACACUAGUAUCAAACCACCCUGGUCAUUUGUUUAUGGAUUGCGAUAACGAUCUUGGUACUUGAUUCUGUGUGCAGUGAGGUUAAUUGAAAAAGGUGACGGGUGUAUGGUGAUGCCGGCUAAAGUACACAAUGCCUGAAUUUGGUCCUUUCCGUCGGAUGAUAAGGCGGGUAUGAUCUAUUGAGACGCUCGGAUCGGCUGGUAGAGAGAAGAUAAGUGAUUGGGUGGCUUUUGUUAAGAUGACAGUGAAGUGUGCACGAGCCACCGAAACUUAAUACAGUGAUUUCAUACACACUACAAACAGGAUUCUAACGUACGGCUACAAACAAACGGUGAUUUCGUACGCGCUACAAAAAACCCCAGUGAUUUCGUACGCGCUACAAACAGGGAUUCACAACGCUCCAAUUAAGGCAAGCUUUCUGUACUGCAUACAAACAGUGUUUCUGUGCGCGCUACAUACAAACAGUGUUUCUGUGCGCGCUACAUAUAAACAGUGUUUCUGUGCGCGCUACAUACAAACCUUGAUUCCUUACGCACCAAAAAGAAACAGUGAUUCCGUACGCGCUUCAAACAAACAGUGAUAUAUAAACUAUAGUGAUUUUGUGAACGCUUAUUAAAACCGCAGAAAACAUGAAUAACAGUGAAAAUAUUACAACGAUGUCGAGUACUGACGCCAUGUCGACUGGCCAUUGGAAUAUUAGCAAUAGUUCGGUCGGGUUGACAACCGACGUGUAUUCAGACUCGCUCUGUCUGAGUCUGAAUGCCUCCAACUCGUCGCCCAGAAGCGCCCUAGAGGCGUUCAGUGUGCACUACGCCCAGGUACAUGGCUAUGUCAGUGUGUGUGUGUGCCUUUUUGGAAUGCUGGCUAAUACGGCUAAUAUCGUCGUACUUACUCGCAAGAAAAUGAUAACAUCUACGAAUUAUAUUCUUACAUGGCUAGCCGUGGCUGAUCUGUUUACGAUGCUGGAUUACUUCCCCUUUGCCAUCCAUUUCUACAUCCUAAAGGACCCCAUGCUCCCCUUUCCGAUGACGAAAGGCUACGGAUGGGUGUGUUUUCUUAUGUUCCACGCGAGUUUCAGUAUCGUAUGCCACACAAUUGCUAUAUGGUUGACCAUAGAAUUGGCUAUAUUCCGGUUUAUAUUCAUUUGGUUCCCAACGAAGGGAGCUUUGUACUGCAGCCAGGAGAAAGCUAAGCGGGCCGUGUUGGGAGUGAUCUUGUAUACAAUUAUUAUUUGUAUACCCAACUAUAUGUCUAACGAGAUCACCACUUAUAACUGCCGAGUGUAUCGGGAGCCUGUGUAUUCGCUGGAGGUGAGGAAACACGGGGCCUUUGCGGUGAUAAAUUCGGUGAAUUACUGGACCCAGGCCCUGUUAAUCAAGCUUGUGCCCUGUAUCAUGCUUACGUUGCUGACGUUGCUGCUGAUUACCGCCAUGCACCGUGCGUACAAACGGCGAGCUGCCCUCAAGCACCAGGGUAAGAAAGACGAUACGGAUAAACACCAUGAGCACAACCGAACAACUCUCAUGCUCCUCGCCGUCGUCGUCCUCUUUCUCAUUACUGAGUUACCACAAGGCAUUCUUACCAUACUGAGUAGUUCCAUCGACGGCUUCUUCGAGUCCGUCUAUAUGCCGCUAGGGGAUCUUGUCGAUAUUGUUGCACUUUGUAAUAAUGCUAUCAAUUUCGUCCUUUAUUGUGGUAUGAGUACUCAAUUCCGAAAAACAUUUUUUGAAAUUUUCUGUAGCUGUAUUCCCGAGAGGAGGCCGGGGUGGAGAAAACUUGGUGUUGUACGGGCCGAGAAAAACGGGUGUACACCGACCACGACAAACACGUCACUGUCAACGACAACAACUAAACUGUGACGUCACUAACAUUUCACUGUCAACGACCACAACCAAACUGUGACAUAAGUUGUUCACGGGAACAUUUUGGCUGACACUUUCACGACAAGGAAACGUUUACCUUCUUAAUAUGCUUCUCAAACGACACCUUUGGAUAUUGCCAUUUCAUAGUAGUUAAUGUAGGGUUCGUCAAUUUGAGUGCAAUACACUGUGGUAUAUGGUUUGCAUGCUAGCUUUUGAUAUACUAAUUUGGUGAGUUUUAUUUGGACUAUAGGUAGAUAGGUCUACCACAUAUGUUGAUUGUAUUGGAUUGAGUUGUAACGUAAAAGCAAUAUGAUCUGUGUAUGUAUGUUACCGUCCUGAUUUUUCGAUAUAUCUAUCUAUCAUCCCAUUCCGGAUUAUCUUACAUCUUACAGUAACGAUACUGGUAAUUUCAAACAACGCAACUCAUAAAACAUGUUAUCAUAUUUCUAUAUCAUUCUCAUUUUUUUCAACAGAUCUAAUUCAAUUUAAAUUUAGAUGGAUAGAAAAACGCGAUUUUUUUUUUUAAUUUUAAGACCUUGACUUAUCAAGCUACAUCAUAUGUCCUUAAAUACAUGUGUAUGUAUCUGUGUGGGUUUAACGGACUGGGGAGUCUAUGGUCAAGUGCGAUACUGGAAUGGCUGACGGUUUGAAAAGUUUUGAAUAAUAAGUUACAAUUGUAGAUUUGAAAAAAAUACUUCCAAUCAAUGUUUUUAAAUUAUAGUUUUAUAUAGGUGUAGAGCACGUGAUCCUGGUGAGAAGGGAUAUAUAAGGUAUACGGUGUCGUUGGUGUACAUCGUCCUAUCACCAGAUCACGUGUAUACUGAAAUCAAGUCUCGCACUGUGUGUCUAUCGACGAGACAUUGAUUACGUGGCCUGUAAUUAAAUCUUUAUUGUUGAUACUCUGUAUGUAUUGUUUACACUUCGAUUACCACUCUCUUUGAUGAGAGGACGAACAGCUGUCGACCUCUGUCGACCGUAUUGCACCACUACUUACAACACUUCUGUCUCCAGAACGUUAAUAAUCACUUUGUAGGAAAUAUUUUUUUCUAUUGAAUCUCUCUUGUUAUAAUUUUGAAAUAUUUACUUUCAUCUAUGUUUCAUUACACAUCCAUUUGUCAUUCAGAGUUAAAACAAUAGUUUGAUUCGUCUGACGAUAAUUGUUUUUCUUUUGAUGGUAUAAUUGUAAAACAAAAUACACAUCCGGUUUA